ACGGACAAGAAAGAGGUGGAAAAGAGCAGCCUAUAACUUGGAAGCUUAGAGACUGUCACUUGGAUCAACUCACAUUCAAAUACCUGCGAAGGACUGAACAAGAAACGGACUAGAAGAGUGAUAUCAAAGGAAGGACAACCAAAGCUGCAGGUUUAAGAAAAGACACUGAGAGGUGAGAAGAGACUUGACAAUGUCUUCAUUUGAGGCUCAGGGCCAGUCUCCUCCUCGUUGUGGCCCGCAGUUUCCCAGCCUCGGCCAGGAGCCCCCUGAGCUCAGCAUGUACAGUGACUGUUACUACCCUCCUCCCUCACUGCCGAGUCCUCAGCGCACUACUCCAACCUCCUACGACCUGAGCGACUACACCAACUCCUCCCCAAACCCUUACCUGUGGUUCAACGGCUCCGGGAUCAACACACCGCCGUAUCUUGCCACCACCGGCCCGCCUGGCAACCCUGGUCCUCCCUUUGUCCCUCAGCACUACGGCAUGCAGAGGCCCUACCUGGGCCCAGCCGGAGCUGGGGGCCCAGGAGGGGAGUUGAGUUGGUUCUCUCUGCCCUCACAAGAAGACCUGAUGAAGCUGGUCAGGCCCCCUUACUCCUACUCCGCUCUCAUUGCCAUGGCUAUCCACGGAGCGCCAGACAGGAGACUGACACUGAGUCAGAUUUACCAGUACGUCGCAGACAAUUUCCCUUUCUAUAACAAGAGUAAAGCGGGCUGGCAGAAUUCCAUCAGACACAACCUGUCACUCAAUGAUUGCUUCAAAAAAGUACCCAGAGAUGAGGAUGAUCCAGGAAAGGGCAACUACUGGACUCUUGACCCAAACUGUGAGAAGAUGUUUGACAAUGGAAACUUCCGCCGCAAAAGAAAGAGGAAGUCUGAUUCCCUCUCCGGUGGUGACGGCGGUUCUGGGGCUCCGGAGUCAGGUGACAGUGAGAGGGGCAGCCCCAAACACUCUGGAAACCCUGCCCUCAACAUCUCCCCCUCGCCGGACAGGAUCCCCUCCCCUUCAUCGUCGGGUCCCGCACCAUGUCUGAGCAGCUUCUUGUCCGAGAUGUCUGGAGUGACUUCUGGAGCAGCUAAUGAGGUGGGAGGCGAUGGGUUAAGCAGGCCACUGCAGAUUAACCUUCCUUUAGAUGGGCCUCAUAGACCCGCACAGCCUGGAAGCUUUAGUAGCUACUCCCCCAACUCAGUUGGCCCAGAGUGGGUACCACAAGUGCCAGCUCCCCCUGUGCUCUCCUCUUCACCCACCCACUCCUCCUUGGGGUACACUAGCCCAAUCCUCAGCCAGUACAGUGGCUCCAGUGGUCAUUUUUACCCUUCGUUGGGUUCGACAGGAAUCAUCUACCAUCGCGAGGGCACAGAGGUUUAAUAAGACAUUAGAGUGGAGGAAAGUUUGGUUUGAAAAGACUCUUUACAGGAGAUUGCACCUGUCUGGUUACUUUUGUUUUUAGAGAGGUUUGGUUGUGAAGACAAUACACACACACACACACACACAGAAUAUGUUUGCGCUGACUGAGACAGUUAAGAUCACUAUAGCAUGUGACAGCGAAGUAAAAAGGCUUUGAUUCCCACAGGAACCGCUGAGUCAGCCACCGACGACUUCAGUGUCACUCCCUGAAACCACAGCCAGCCUCACUAUCAGAUCCUCAGUCAGCUUUUACUCUAUCUAAAGGCUAGUUUCUAUCAGAUCUGACUCAUUAUUAACAGAUCCCUGAUCUGAUCUGCUGACAUCAGGCCAUUCCACACUGCUAUCAGUGAUUCUUUGAUGGUAUCACACACACAACGCUCAGGCAGCACAUUUAGAGGAGUAGUUAAAUUACACCAUUGUCUACAAAUUAUGUAGUCACUGGCUUUAUAGAGUCAUCAAAAGGUAAAAUGUAAACUGGUUUUACUGCUUAAGUUAAACUAUCUGAUGAACAGUCUCUAAAUCUGAUAUACAAUUGGUAAUUGUACUUUGUAUAGAUAUCUAUGUGUUGUGUAAUGUUAUACAUUUAUAUUGCUGGUUUGUUGGUGCAACUGUUAAUGUACAAAAUGGAUUCUUAAUGUAUGGUAUAUGCUGUAUGUGUUGUGUUUUUGAUAUGAAUAAAAGGUUUUAGAGUUCUA